ACUAGAAAUCUCUCUCUCUCUCUCUCUCUCUCUCUCUCUCUCCAAAAGCAAAGAAACUUCACAAUUUCUGUCUCUCUCUCUCUUCUUCCUUUCUCUCUCUGUGACAUAUAUAUAUGGCUCCAAGGAAUGUGGAUGGAUCUGGUAAGAAAGUUUAUAACAAAGGAGCAUGGACGUCUGAAGAGGAUAGAAAGCUGACUGAGUACGUCGACGUCCAUGGACCAAAGAAGUGGAAGACAAUCGCAACCAAGUCAGGUUUGAACCGAUGUGGAAAGAGCUGCAGACUGAGAUGGCUAAAUUAUCUUAGACCAAACAUAAAGAGAGGCAACAUAUCUAACGAUGAAGAGGAUUUGAUACUUAGGCUUCAUAAGCUACUAGGGAACAGGUGGUCAUUGAUUGCAGGGAGGCUUCCCGGCCGAACAGAUAAUGAAAUAAAGAAUUAUUGGAAUUCUCAUUUGAGCAAGAAAAUAAGUCGUGGAAAGGAGAAAACGGCAGCAGCUUCCACCGCGCGAGAGGGGAUGCCGCAAGGAGUCACUGGCACCGUCGAGGCAGAAAGAGAGGGAGCGAAAGAGAGCGGAGGCCCGGAGGGUAACUUCGAUGUGAAUCAAUUUUUCGAUUUCUCGGCUGAAGGCACCUACGGAUUGGAGUGGGUGAAUAAAUUCCUUGAGCUCGAUGAUGAUAUGUGGCUUGCCAAUAAAAGAUACUCUAUUUAGUUGAAUCUGUGAAGUUGGUGUAAAUUUCUCCUUUUUAAUACAGUUUACGAAUGGUUUGUUGAC